AUGGCAGAAGGGAAGCCAGGAGUAACUGUCAUUGAGCACAAAAAUUUCAAUGAGUAUCCUACAUCGCUGCUGAAACUGCUUGAGGGGGCUGAGGGUUUGUUUACAUUUCAGGCCACAACAAAGCCAGGCAAAUUCACCCAACUUUUCGCAACCGUCAAAGGCGAAUGCGAACAACCCCUAAUCGAAAUGGCACACAAAAUCCCAGCGUUCAAGCCCUAUUCUCUCCAGCCAGCUUUCGUCGAUUCAGUCUCUGAUGAAGCAGUGAAGCAAGCAACAGCCAACCGCCAACUUCCGCUGAGCUAUCGGGUUCUGGGUGCUUUUACCCCAUUGAUUAGGAAUUUUAUUCCGAGUAUAGUUUCACCGACUCAGGACAUUGGGUUGGCGGCGACGGUGUUGGCGAUGGGCGAUGGGAAGGGUCUGGAUGGUUCUGGUGUAUCGGAAGGUGGCCGCAUUCUGAGUAAUGAAGCUAUUCGAAGGAUUGCGAAGGAUGGGUUUACCUCAGGUUGA